GUUCAUCAAUGGGACUACAUUCGGACGGCUUUGUGCAGUGAUAGUACAUGUUUAAUCUAACAAGAGACAUUUUAUUGUGAUAUAUGUUCGGUGUGAACCGAAGUCCGUAUUUGUAGUGGACCGGUACCGAAACAUCAGUAAAACUAAACAAGUUUACACCUAAAAGUGGACAGGUGCUGAUGUUAAAAAGUAACAGAAGAUGGCACUACUGAGUCAGUAAGCUAUCAAGAUGCGAGAAGAAGAGUUUUCACACUGGCUUUGUUAUUUGUUUGAAACAUGGCUCUUGUUCCUUAUGAAGAAAACCCACUUCCUGCACUUUCCAAACUCCAUAACUCCUCAGCACAUUUCCGUUUUGCAAACCAGGAGCUCCGUCUGGCUCAGGACUGGAAGAGGCUCGGGGUGGCUGCAGUUGUCUGGGAUGCAGYGGUUGUUAUGUGUGUGUAUCUGGAGCUGGGAGCAGUGGAGCUACAGGGGAAGAAGGUCGUUGAACUGGGAGCUGGGACUGGACUGGUGGGGAUUGUGGCAGCUCUGCUGGGUGCUCAUGUGACCAUCACAGACAGGAAGCCUGCCCUGGAGUUCCUGUCCGCCAACGUUGCAGCCAACCUUCCCCCACCAGCCGGUGACUUGGUGGUGGUCUCGGAGCUGACCUGGGGUCAGGGCCUGGAGCGUUUCCCAGAAGGAGGAUUUGACGUGGUUCUGGGAGCGGACAUCAUUUACCUGGAGGAGACCUUUUCCUCCCUGCUGCAGACCCUGGAGCAUUUAUGCUCGGACAGCACCGUUGUUUUGCUGGCCUGCAAGAUCCGCUACGAACGGGAUGCGCGCUUCCUGAGCAUGCUGAGGCACAGCUUCACUGUGGAGGAGGUCCACUACGACAAAGACAGGGACAUCCGUCUGUACAAGGCGUCCAGACUCCCUAGAAGAAGGGAUUUAUGACAAGUCAAAUUUAUAUUUUACAAAGCAAUCCAGGAGGGUUUAAGAGAAUAAAAAAAAGAGCAAGAACAUUUAUUUUCAGCUGCCAAAACUCUCAUUUAUAUGGCUCUAACAUAAACGCACUGUUAUACAUGUUAAUGUUAACAUUUAGAAAAUGUGAAUAAAAAAAUUUAAAAGCAACAUAAAAAAAACAAUUUAUGACCAUACAUAAGAGUACAAUAUGGCAUUCUGUUUCAUGAAAAUAACAGCUUUGUUCUGAUUUGGUCUCACUUUACAUUGCGUUUUCAGGGUUUCAUGAAAUUUGGACCAAAUCCCGUCUUUAACCAAACACCCAUCUGCGUUUGGUUCAGGGAGCAGUUAGCUCCGAGCCUUUCAAAUUUUAUUUUGAAAUGUCUCAGGAUUGUAAAAGCAAGGAAAGUGCACACACUGCUUUGUUUUCUUACAGACCCCUCAGGUGAGAGGGGGAGACAUGGGGGCCUUUAUUAAAAAGUUCCUGUCCAGGAUAAAAUGGAACGUUAAACUGCAGAGCCUCAUCUUCCCUCCCAAACUAUCCAAAUAAGGAACCAGGCAUGUUGUACAUUAUAAAACGAGCAAACAGAUUAUCCAGGGAGCUUACAAAUAAAGUUAUGAACAAAGUACACCCGCUAAAUCUUCAGGUAUUUUUUUUACCAGGUUCUAAUAGUAUUUAUACAGAUUAAGACCAGAAAAAGUAAACUUUUUAAUUACAAAAAAAAAAAAUAAAGGUAAAACUGUAAUAUUAGGAAGAUGAUGCAAAUCUGAGAACUACAUGAAAUAUGUAUUAAAAUGAGGAAUGUUGAGCAUUUUGUGAAGUUAUGCUUUGGUAUCUUUUUAACAAAUACGGAAUUGCAUCAUUUUAAAAAGCAUAAAAUUAUUAGCAGGACUUUGAACAGUCUAUGUAGAAGAGGAAAAAAAACUGGCAAGUUAGAUGACUUUUCAUUUUAACUGUGUCUAUUCUCAUAUUAUGAGUUUAUUCUUGUAAUUAAAAAAGUAUUCUCUUAGACUGACCCUAAUAGUCAUAUACUUAAAAAACAAUGUCAUUUAUCAAAGUUAGGGCCCAAUUUUAAAAGUUGAGUUAAAAACCAAGUACACCAACUGUUAAGCACGGUGGUGGAGGGGUGAUUAUUUGGGCCUGUGACAUGCGAGGUCACCUGUCGGAACUGUCAUUGGGCUACAUUUCCUCAUUAUUUAUCAAUUUUUCUGCAUUAAAUUAUGACUUUUUCAAAUUAGAUUAAUUUAAAUAACUUUUGAACCUGAUAAAAAAAGCCCUACCAAUUAUGUCUGAAUACAGAAAAAAAAACUAAUUUACAGGUGUACCUUUAACUUUACUAUAUGCAGAUAUUCAUUUUUAUUGCAAAAGGUCUUUUAAGUGAAAAAAAAAGUUAAAAGUUUUAAAAAUAAAUGUUCAUGAGUUUUUUAAAUUCACUUAACAGCAAAAAAGAAAAAAAAAAACAUUGCGCUAUCAUCAAAAUGAUUUAGCUUUAAUAUUUUUAUGUUCUAGAAAAAAGACAAAUGGUGUCUCAAAUGUUUCCCAAUUUCAAUACUGUAAUUUUAAAGCUGCAUUUUACAGUUCAUAUUUAGCUGUUUGUCCUAAAAAGGCAUAUGUAGAAAAAAAAAAAAUUAAAACAUGGCGUCACAGAAGCAAAUAAACUGAGAAUAAACAAAUACAAGUCAGAGACAAAACGACCCACCUACAGUUCAUAGCGUGAUUAGGUAACAGAUUAAUGCAAGUUAGGAAUACAAACGUAACCUCUGAGUUAUCCGAGUGACCGGCAUUUUGGGAGGUGGCUGAUGUCACUUUCUCCUUGCUGGUGAUUCAGCCCAGCUUGAUUGGGCCCCAGUGACUGGAAUGCUUUCCAUGAGCUCUGAAACGUUCCCUGUCCUCUUGUGAAGGAAAAGCAAUGCGUAAAGAGGGACAGGUGUGUUUUAUGUCUCAGUAAUUCCCACUGUCAGAUUUAUCAGCAGUUUUUUUUUUUUUUUU